CCAAGGCCCGCUUUCUAAUUGGAGCGGAGUGUUGUAGCCACGCCCCCCGCCCUCCCCGGUGCAGGAGGCGGGAAGGAGACGGCGCGCGCUGAGCUCGAGCUCUGUUUGUCUCUGUCUGUGUGUGUGAGGGGGGGGCAGAGCUGACAGGAAUGAAACCCACAGAAUAAUACGCCACGAGCGUGCCGACACUGCGAGCUGGGGAGAAUCUCUCUCAGAGUUAUCCCACCACCCCCUCUAACGGCAGCCAAAACACAGGCUUACAUUAAUAUUUAUAUUCGUUAUAUAUAUAUACAUAGAUAUCUAUAUCACCCUCCUGCCUGCCCUGCUCCAAGCAUUAACACUGACACUAAUGAUAAAUAACGUAUUUGUGCUCCCAUGAUGACAUUGUAUGGAUGAUGUAAUUGUCAAUAAAGUUUUUUUUUUUUUUUUAAUGGUGGUGGGGGGGGAUCUGUAUCUCUUUGUUGUAUAUUCGCCUCCCAUGUCGUUUCAAUGAGGAGAGACCAUAGAGUGGAACGGUGAAAGAGAGCGCGGCUCCCUCAGUCUCGGAUUCUCUCCCGGUGCAUUGUGGGAUACGGGAAUUGGUCUGAGCCCGCCGGGGGGAGGAGGAGGAGGGGCUGUGCGCGCGGCCGCACAGUGUGGAGAGGGAGAGCGCGAGCGUGCGUGCCGCGCGCACCGUCUGCCCAUCUCCUCUCCCUCACCCCGCCCCCCUCCCUCCUCUAAAGCUCCAAGAUGGCGGCAGCGGCGGCUGAUGCGGAGACCCCGGCUCCCCCUCCCCCCCCGGCGGUGGUCGAGGCUCCGGAUCCUGCUCCCGGCGGGGGGGUCGGGGCCUGCCCGGAUUUCGCCGUGGUGUGCUCGUUCCUGGAGCGCUAUGGCGCCUUGCUGGACCUGCCCGAGCUCAGCUUCCCGGAGCUGGAAGAGGCGCUGGAGGAGACCGGAGCAGGUGAGGAGCCGAAGGGAGGGGAGCUCGCUGGCCCCUCGGGUGUCCGGUCUGGGGGUUCAGGGGGCUCGGGCUCCCAGUGCGGCCCCCCUACAUUUCCAACCUACGCCAUCACAAUGGUCCCCCCACCCCAUCCUUCAUCUGACCAGCCCCUUCUAGUCCUGGCUGCAAGAUGGUCCGAUGGGCUGCCAUGUUAGCUCCACACUGGGCCACUGACUGCUAACCACAUCACACUGCACUACAUCUCCCACGGUGCUCCUCCUCACACCACACUGCACUACAUCUCCCAUGGUGCUCCUCCUCACAUCACACUGCACUACAUCUCCCACGGUGCUCCUCCUCACAUCACACUGCACUACAUCUCCCACUCCUCCUCACAUCACACUGCACUACAUCUCCCAUGGUGCUCCUCCUCACAUCACACUGCACUACAUCUCCCACGGUGCUCCUCCUCACAUCACACUGCACUACAUCUCCCAUGGUGCUCCUCCUCACAUCACACUGCACUACAUCUCCCACGGUGCUCCUCCUCACAUCACACUGCACUACAUCUCCCACGGUGCUCCUCCUCACAUCACACUGCACUACAUCUCCCACGGUGCUCCUCCUCACAUCCCACUGCACUACAUCUCCCACGGUGCUCCUCCUCACAUCACACUGCACUACAUCUCCCACGGUGUGCUCCUCACACCACACUGCACUACAUCUCCCACGGUGCUCCUCCUCACAUCACACUGCACUACAUCUCCCACGGUGCUCCUCCUCACAUCACACUGCACUACAUCUCCCACUCCUCCUCACAUCACACUGCACUACAUCUCCCAUGGUGCUCCUCCUCACAUCACACUGCACUACAUCUCCCUUGGUGCUCCUCCUCACAUCACACUGCACUACAUCUCCCUUGGUGCUCCUCCUCACAUCACACUGCACUACAUCUCCCACGGUGCUCCUCACAUCACACUGCACUACAUCUCCCAUGGUGCUCCUCACAUCACACUGCACUACAUCUCCCAUGGUGCUUCUCCUCACAUCACACUGCACUACAUCUCCCACGGUGCUCCUCCUCACAUCACACUUUUGCACUACAUCUCCCAUGGUGCUCCUCCUCACACAUCACACUGCACUACAUCUCCCACGGUGCUCACUCACUCACAUCACACUGCACUACUUCUCCCAUGGUGCUCCUCCUCCAUCACACUGCACUACAUCUCCCACGGUGCUCCUCCUCACAUCACACUGCACUGCAUCUCCCAAGUUAUCCCUCCUCCACAUCACACUGCACUACGCUGUCUCCCGGUGCUCCUCACAUCACACCUGCACUACAUACUCCCAUAGUGCUUCUCACUCACAUCCGCACUGCUACAUCCCGUGGGAUGCAAUGUUUCAUAGGAGAUCACGAAUGGAAAUAUUUUCAUGGGGAGAUGCCAGUGCGUAAUGAAGGGCACCAUGGGAGAUAGCCAGUGCAGUAAUGUGUGAACCACCAUGGGAGAUGUGAUACGAAGGAGUAUGAAGGCCUGCAGUAACCGAUGAUAGUGCAGUAACGAAAGGAAAGGCGUGUAGUGAUGUGAAGGCUAUACGGCAAUGUGCAGUAUGAGGAAAAGCCGGGAAGAUGUAUUACAGUGACACCGUGGAGAUAUGCAACGUGAGCCACCGUGAAACAGCAAUUACAUAUUAAUGAAACUGUGAAAAUGCAGUACCUGUGAUGUGGCGUAAAAUACAGUACUGAGCCUGAGUGCAGCAGGAGAUGCGUUUCAGCAUGGUGCUCCUCCUCACAUCACACUGCACUGCAUCUCCCAUGGUGCUCCUCUCACAUCACACUGCGCUGCGUCUCCCCAUAGUUGCUCCUCACAUCCGCAGCUACUUUCGCGUCUCCCACGGUGCUCCUCCUCACAUCACACUGCACUACAUCUCCCACGGUGCUCCUCCUCACAUCACACUGCACUACAUCUCCCACGGUGCUCCUCCUCACAUCACACUGCACUACAUCUCCCAUGGUGCUCCUCCUCACAUCACACUGCACUACAUCUCCCAUGGUGCUCCUCCUCACAUCACACUGCACUACAUCUCCCAUGGUGCUCCUCCUCACAUCACACUGCAUCUCCCAUGGUGCUCCUCCUCACAUCACACUGCAUCUCCCAUGGUGCUCCUCCUCACAUCACACUGCAUCUCCCAUGGUGCUCCUCCUCACAUCACACUGCAUCUCCCAUGGUGCUCCUCCUCACAUCACACUGCAUCUCCCACGGUGCUCCUCCUCACAUCACACUGCACCACAUCUCCCACGGUGCUCCUCCUCACAUUACACUGCACUACAUCUCCCAUGGUAAUCCUUUCCCAUGGUGCUCCUGGGCAAUGCAAUCCACCAACACCUUGGGGAGCCCUGACCAGCCAUCUCUGCUUUCUGUCCUUGACUGUGGUAUUCCUUCCAGUCUCCUUUGUAAAGCAUUGGCUACUGCACCCAAGGAGGGGGGAGGGGGGGGGGUCUCCCAUUCUGUGCAGUGCCAGCAGAAGGUGCCCCACAAUGGGGUGUUAUUUAUUGUGCCUCUAUAGGUAUGGCUUGUUUUGGGCCACUCAUUGCUAAACAUUUGGCCCUGCUGCCUUUAAGGAUUACUACUUUAGCAGGGAUGCUUUGUAAGCCAUGAGGAUUACUGUGGCAUGGCUGGCUGAGCAUCAUGAGAAUUGCAGUGGUACAGGUUUGCCAUCCCCUAUUGGAGGACACUAAUGCAUGUUUAUGCCUCCCUCCUUUGAUUGAAGUGGAUGUUGUGCUGCCACAUCCUGUGUGGGCAUACUCCCAGCCUCCCUCCUAAAUUGAUAGAGGGAGUUAAAGGGGUGGGAGGAGGGACGCAGACAAACCCACAUACUACAAUUUCGGGGUUCAGGAUGGUUAGGAACUGAUGGGGCUUUCAUUAAAUUGCAACAUUUAGGCUACAGUAUUAACAACUCUACAAUACAUCUUUCUGAAUUUAAAGUGGUUAUUUUAGCCUGUUUUAGUCACAAUUUAGUGUUUUGUAAAUGAGCAGCAAGAUCAGCCAUUAUGACCUGAUUUUUGCAAUAUUGCUUUCUAUUCACUAGUAAGUGAAUUAAACCUGGUUUGAAACACAUAAGAAGAGGACCUCCCUAAAUUUAGAAAGUCCUGAGCAUCUCAUGCUAAGUUGAUGGCUUUGUUGUUCUAACACAUUGGAAGAGAGCAUGGCAGUGUGUUUAGGUUGGCUUGUCUAGAAAGCAGAGAAUUAUUUCCUAUUGUCAGCUCUGUACGUACUUGGCAUUUUCUUUUAAAGCAAAUGAUGCAGUGGGAGAGAAUAUUCCACUUUCCACCUAUUCUGUUUUAGGUUUUAUAGUAGACUGUAAAUUUUAAUGGUGUAAUAAAAUUUUUAUUUAAAAAUGCUUAUAUUCUCUUAAAGGCCUGUCAUAUGAUCAAAACAUUAAUAGUGCAGAAAAAGAGAGUUGUGAUUUAGCAAACAUGGUGAUAUAUAAUGACAUUUAAUUCUUUAAAAAAAAAUCUGCUUAAAUCCAAAAAUGACCAUACAUCAUUUUCAUUUCAUGAACACUGUUCAAACCUUUUAGCGGUUUAUAAGGUACUUUAAUAAAGGAUUGUUUUGCUGUCUCUUGUGCUGUUAACUUCACAACAUGUUGAAGUUAACUGAAAUAUUUUAAAUAGAAGUACACUAAGAGCAAGUUACGGCAUAAAGACAAACUUGUUUGUUAGGUGGUCAACUCACUUUAGCUUAUUCAUUGUCAGAUGGACCUUUUACUAAAUUAAUAAAUUAUUUAACCAGCAAUGAUACAUUCAGAUUACUUUGGUUUUCAAGUACGUCCUGUGGAUGUUACCUUAGCCCAACAUCCAGGGGUAGCUUAUUUCCAUGUGUGUUGUAGAUUCUAUACAUCAGGUCAUAGACUGCCAUUUCUUAACUUACUGUUUAGAUAUUCAACAGUGGGGUAGAAUGUGUUGAACAAAUGGAACUUUGUGAGGACAUAGGCACUUUGUUCUCACUGUCGAAUAUUUUAUUAAUGGUGUAGAUGGACCCUGCCAUGCCUUUAUAUGACCGUCCCAUUGUAACCUGAUCUAAGCAAUUCUUUUUCUUAACUGUUCAGCUUCAAAGUAUAUACAUUGGCAAACAUUUAUAAAUUGACUUGUCUAGCAUGACUCGUUCCAUAAAUUUGACCUGGCUUCCAUUGACAUCCAUCCUGAAAGCAUAACUCUUGGUACCCAAAACUCAACUCCUUUGCUGCUGAUGCUAAUAUAGACCUCAAUUUAAUAGGCUUUUCAAAUGAUUAAAUAUUGUUAGAAAAACUUUACAAACUAUGUAUUAAAUUUCACAUGGACUUUAACAAAGACUUCUGUUGAUCAAUCAUUUGAAAAGAUUAUUAAAUCGAGGUCAUAUUGUGGACAUUAUACUUGUGUAUUAUCCAAUCUGUUCUAGCUUGAAGACCAAGCCACCUCCACUACUUUACAGCAUACCAUAGCCAAGGUUAGACAAUAUCAAGUAAACCCCCUCUUUUCCUCCACAUUCCCCCUCCCCCCCUUUUAUUUACCACCAUACAGGUUUGAAACGUUUUAAAGAGAGAGUGUCACAACAUCCAAAUACUCCUUACUCCAGAAACACUGCAAGAGUAUCCCGUUAAUGAUUGAUCCUGAGACUCGUUGCAUCUAAGUUUAAUUUUAGAAUAACUUUCACUUUGAGUUUACUUAUGAGAAAAAGUAAAAUCAAAAAAAGUGAAUCCCUGUCAAUAUAACACAAUCUUUGUGUGUAUAAAAUAUCUGAUCCAAAAUUCUCGUAUCCAAAUUAAAUCCCCAUAUUCUCAAAUAUCAAACCUAAUGGGACACUGCAUUAUCCAAAUAAUUUGUAAAAUCACUGUCUAGUAGAUAUACCCCAAAUUAAAACUCCUGCCUUGAAUUGUGCAUUCUUUCAUUGAGGUAUGUCUAAAAAUAGCUUGCAAAAUCUUCAAAUCUUUUGCUUUAAAGGAUCACUAUAGGGUGAGGAACACAAACAUGUAUUCCUGACCCUACAGGGAGUGCAGAAUUAUUAGGCAAGUUGUAUUUUUGAGGAUUAAUUUUAUUAUUGAACAACAACCAUGUUCUCAAUGAACCCAAAAAACUCAUUUAAUAUCAAAGCUGAAUAUUUUUGGAAGUAGUUUUUAGUUUGUUUUUAGUUAUAGCUAUGUUAGGGGGAUAUCUGUGUGUGCAGGUGACUAUUACUGUGCAUAAUUAUUAGGCAACUUAACAAAAAACAAAUAUAUACCCAUUUCAAUUAUUUAUUAUUACCAGUGAAACCAAUAUAACAUCUCAACAUUCACAAAUAUACAUUUCUGACAUUCAAAAACAAAACAAAAACAAAUCAGUGACCAAUAUAGCCACCUUUCUUUGCAAGGACACUCAAAAGCCUGCCAUCCAUGGAUUCUGUCAGUGUUUUAUCUGUUCACCAUCAACAUUGCAUGCAGCAGCAACCACAGCCUCCCAGACACUGUUCAGAGAGGUGUACUGUUUUCCCUCCUUGUAAAUCUCACAUUUGAUGAUGGACCACAGGUUCUCAAUGGGGUUCAGAUCAGGUGAACAAGGAGGCCAUGUCAUUAGAUUUUCUUCUUUUAUACCCUUUCUUGCCAGCCACGCUGUGGAGUACUUGGACGCGUGUGAUGGAGCAUUGUCCUGCAUGAAAAUCAUGUUUUUCUUGAAGGAUGCAGACUUCUUCCUGUACCACUGCUUGAAGAAGGUGUCUUCCAGGAACUGGCAGUAGGACUGGGAGUUGAGCUUGACUCCAUCCUCAACCCGAAAAGGCCCCACAAGCUCAUCUUUGAUGAUACCAGCCCAAACCAGUACUCCACCUCCACCUUGCUGGCGUCUGAGUCGGACUGGAGCUCUCUGCCCUUUACCAAUCCAGCCACGGGCCCAUCCAUCUGGCCCAUCAAGACUCACUCUCAUUUCAUCAGUCCAUAAAACCUUAGAAAAAUCAGUCUUGAGAUAUUUCUUGGCCCAGUCUUGACGUUUCAGCUUGUGUGUCUUGUUCAGUGGUGGUCGUCUUUCAGCCUUUCUUACCUUGGCCAUGUCUCUGAGUAUUGCACACCUUGUGCUUUUGGGCACUCCAGUGAUGUUGCAGCUCUGAAAUAUGGCCAAACUGGUGGCAAGUGGCAUCGUGGCAGCUGCACGCUUGACUUUUCUCAGUUCAUGGGCAGUUAUUUUGCGCCUUGGUUUUUCCACACGCUUCUUGCGACCCUGUUGACUAUUUUGAAUGAAACGCUUGAUUGUUCGAUGAUCACGCUUCAGAAGCUUUGCAAUUUUAAGAGUGCUGCAUCCCUCUGCAAGAUAUCUCACUAUUUUUGACUUUUCUGAGCCUGUCAAGUCCUUCUUUUGACCCAUUUUGCCAAAGGAAAGGAAGUUGCCUAAUAAUUAUGCACACCUGAUAUAGGGUGUUGAUGUCAUUAGACCACACCCCUUCUCAUUACAGAGAUGCACAUCACCUAAUAUUCUUAAUUGGUAGUAGGCUUUCGAGCCUAUACAGCUUGGAGUAAGACAACAUGCAUAAAGAGGAUGAUGUGGUCAAAAUACUAAUUUGCCUAAUAAUUCUGCACUCCCUGUAUAGUGUUAACACCACCAUCUAGACCCCCUGGGCCCCUCAUGCCAUAAAUACUGUAUUCAAGCCAGAAGCUGUAAAUCUGCAUGCUGUUAGACUCAGAAAAACAAGCAGUCUGCUGACAUGUGGUAGCCUGAUCCAAAUACAGUGCUUCUCCGUAGAAUUGGCUGAGACUGACAAAGAAGCAGAUCAGGGGCAGAGCCAGCAUGAUUCAAACACAGCCCUGGCCAAUCAGCAUCUCCUCAUAGAGAUGAAUUGAAUCAAUUAACCUCUAUGAGGAAAGUUCAGUGUCUGCAUACAGAGGGAGGAGAUACUGAAUCACAGGAUGCUGUGCACAGUGCUGCCCUGUGCUCUGCUGACAGCAGAUCUGAGUGGUUGGAGGCAUAUUACGCCUCCAUCAACUCCGAAGUCCCUCUAGUUCACUCUGAGUGACUGCAACUGGAGGUGUUUUUAGCUUUCAAUGUAAACACUGUUUUUUGUUGUUUUUUUCUCAGAAAAUAGUGUUUACAUGAGAGGCUGCAGGGAGCUAUAGUUCUCACCUGAACAACCUCAUUAAGCUGAAGUUGUUCAGGUGACUAUAGUGUCCCUUUAAACCUUUGCAAGUCCUCUUCUAACUAAGUCCAGACAUUCUGUCUGUCAAAGAGACUUCCCAAUGCAGAUCAAUGAAGUCUUUGCAGGAUGGCUGCUCUGAGCAGUUGCCUGCUUCUUGAGUUUAGCCCCACUGAGCUAAACAAACCAGGAAGUAACCAGUUGUCUGGGUAGCAAGUUUUAUUUAUAAACGUUCCACUAUCUAUGAAAAUCUGCACUUUUUGUAACAUUAAACAAACGGCUCCCCUUGACACAAGCUGAAGUCCUUUAGUGGCCUGGAGAGUUCCUUUAUUAAAUAUAACGGUUAAAAGUCAAAUAGGCAAUUGCUAAUAAAAUUAUCUAUAUUACCAUCAAACCCAUUCCUUGGAAAAGUGAGAGACCUCACUUGGUUACAAAUGCUCUAUUUGAAUAAGAGGGAGAAGGGAAAAAAACUAACGUGUAUCCAAGUUACAAAUAAACUCCUAAAAUUAUAUAAAAAGUAUCACAUAGGAAUAAUCACUUGAAAAGACUGCUAUUGCAAAAUCCCAAUGCACUGCUCGGUGAAAGGAACACUAUAGGGUCAGGAAUCCAAUCUUGUAUUCCUAACUUUAAAGUGUUAAAAUCCCAUUUUAGACUUGCCGACUACCCCUAUAAAAAGGGGUUUAUAGUGUCGUGCAGGUUCACCGGCGCAGUCUCCGCCUUCUUGGUUGAGAUCAUCAAAACUGAUGAUCUCGGCUGAUCCAAUGUUUUCCCAUAGGAAAGCAAUGGAAGGCUAAAGCACACAUGCAGUAAAACGCAGUAGUGCACCUAUCUGCAUCUUCUCAUAGAAAUGCACUGAAUCAAUGCAUCUUUAUGGGGAAAACUCAGCGCCUCCCUGCAGAGCAUGAAGACACCGAAAGGCAGUGCUGCACAUUGUGAUUGCUUUUUGUAAAGUCUUUUUGUUUUUUUGUUUUUUUUUCUAUUUUACAAAAAGUACAAUUUAUUAAUCCCCUCUGACUGUCAGACAGGCGGUUCUGUUACUUCUUAGUUGUUUUAGCUCAGUUGAGCUUAACUCAAGAGGCAGGUAGUUGACCAAUCCCUCCCUCCCCCAACCCACCACCCAUGGAAAAAAAAUGCACAACUACAUGCAUGCAUCUUUUACUUGGAGAAAUAUCUACUAAAUUGUCUGUUUUUUUGUGUGUGUGUGUGUGUGUGUGUGUGUGUACCAUAGCAUAAAAAGAGUGGAGAAAAGACAGUCUAGAAAAAGUAAGAAUGUAUCAAAUCUAGAAGGUCAUAAAGUACCUGGGUGUGAAAACAAGGGGAUCUACUAUGGGAUGGGGCUCGUUUUUGUAUCCUUGAGUAACUGCCUAUUAUAAUCGGAAAUUGUUAAAGUGUAUGAUUGUAUAAUUGAGUAGUCUCUUUUUCGAUGGUAUGAAUAUGCCAUGUUACCUGUGGGCUUUCAGAAUUGCAUUACAUUCCAAUUUCUACUCGUAUUGCAAAAUUAUCAAUUUAGCAAAUAUGGGAAUUUUCAUUAUUCAUUUUCACAAACUUGCUAAAGCCAUUUUUAGGCUUUUACACUAGCUGCAUGCGUGGUGUUUUUUUUUGUUUGUUUGUUUUUUUUGCAGGAGAUUACUAAAGGCGAACUAUCAAGGGGUCUUAUGCUCUUCUAUAUAUUUUGGGAGGCCACAAGCAUUAACAACAUUUGUGUUAAGGGUUUCUAGGCUGUCUUUUUGAUUAUCUGAUAACAACCUUACCAUUGAGAUCAUCAGUAGAUUAAAAACAAUCUAAGUCCGAAGGGAGACACUGGCCUUUAAAAUGCCCAUAAAAUACUGUCCUGAUUAACAGUAAGGUAGUUGUACAGUUUGUAAUGUGCUUAUUGGCAUCCUAUCUUCUGGAGACAUCUGAUUUUAAAAGGGUAGAGAUUUCUGUGCAGACAAGCAGGACAGCCUCUUUGAGGAGGUUUCUCCUGCUCUAGCCUGCAUAUUAAUCCAUGUCAUACAUGUGCAGCAUUUGUCAAACCACUCAACUGGGUGAACAGUACUUAAAGGGACACUAUAGUCACCUGAACAACUGUAGCUUAAAGGGACACUAUAGUCACCUGAACAACUUUAGCUUAAUGAAGCAGUUUUGGUGUAUAGAACAUGCCCCUGCAGCCUCACUGUUCAAUCCUCUGCCAUUUAGGAGUUAAAUCCCUUUAUGAACCCUAGCCACACCUCCCUGCAUGUGACUUGCACAGCCUUCCAUAAACACUUCCUGUAAACAGAGCCCUAUUUAGGCUUUCUUUAUUGCAAGUUCUGUUUAACCCCUUAAAACCGGAGGACGUACAAUUACGCCCUCUAAUAGGCGGCUCUAAACGCCGCCGGGCGUAAUUGUACGCCCUCCGGUUUUUGUUAACUUACCCGUGGGACCGCCGGCGAUCGCGGUUGGGGGGACUCCCAGGGAGCCCCCCGCGGCACGUCCAUCCUCGUCGAAGCCCCCCGGCCAUGUGAGAGUGGGGUCCUAGCGAGGACCCCACAAUCACAUGGCCGGGGAUAGCUGGCUUCUGUAUUGCCGGCAGGGGGGCUGCCUGUAAUUACAGGUGGUCCCCCUGCUGGCUGAAAAUAAAAAUAAAAUAAGUUAAUGGUGUAAAAAAAAAAAAAUUAUAUAUACUUAGAUCAUAUAUAUAUAUAUUAUAUAUAUAUGAUCUAAGUAUAUAUAUAUACACACACAUACACCGUCUAGGUGUAUUUUACUAUUAAUAUAUAUAUAUAUAUAUAUAUAUAUAUAUAUAUAUAUAUAUAUAUAUAUAUAUAUAUAAUUAUAUAUAUUAAUAUCAAAUUACACGAGACUGAUACGGAUUAAAUAUAUAUAAAUUGUUAUAUAUAUAUAUUUAUAUAAUAUAAAAAAAAUAAAAAUGUAAAUACGUUAAAAAAUAAAAUUUAAAAAAUAAUUAAAAAUAAAUAAUUAAAAAAUAUAUAGAUGUGUGUUAUUUCGUUCUAACUGUAUUGUGAAAUUAAUAUAUAUAUAUAUAUAUAUAUCAAAAUACACAUAGAACAAAAUAAUAUAUAUAUCUAUACACAUAAAUAUAUACGUAUAUAUCACUAUAUAUAUACCUAUAUAUAAAUAAAAAUAUUUAAAAAAAAUUAUAUAGAUAUAUACAUAUAUAUACACAUACGUAUAUAUAUACAUAUAUUAAUUCGACAUAUAUAUUUAUGUAAUAUUUUUACAUAAUUAGGUAUCUUAAUUAAUUACAAUUAGCAGGACCUGCAUGACAACCCAUGCCGAAAGUAAAGGGAAUUUAAUUUGCUAGCACUAUAUUUAACCCUAUAACUUUUCGAGACACCAUAAAACCUGUACAUGGGGGGUACUGUUCUACUCGGGAGACUUCGCUGAACACAAAUAUUAGUGUUUCAAAACAUUAAAAUGUAUUACAACGAUGAUAUCGCCAGUAAAAGUUACGUUUUUUGCAUUUUUCACGCACAAACAGCAUUAAACGGACAAUAUUAUUGCUAUGAUACUUUUUACUGUUUUGAAACACAAAUAUUUGUGUUCAGCGAAGUCUCCCGAGUACAACAGUACCCCUCAUGUACAGGUUUUAUGGUGUUUUCAAAAGUUACAGCGUCAAAUAUAAGGCUUGCGUUUGAUUUUUUUCCCAUUAAAAUUCGCCAGAUUGCUUACGUUGCCUUUGUGACCCUAUGGUAGCCCAAGAAUGAAAAUUACCCCUAUGAUGGCAUACCAUUUGCAAUAGUAGACAACCUAAGGUAUUGCAAACGGGGUAUGUCCAGUCUUUUUUAGUAGCCACUUAGUCACAAACACUGGCCAAAAUUGGCGCUUUUUGCAUUUUUCACACACAAACAAAUACUAACGCUAACUUUGGCCAGUGUUUGUGACCAAAUGGCUACUAAAAAAGACUGGACAUACCUCAUUUGCAAUACCUUGGGUUGUCUACUAUUGCAAAUGGUAUGCCAUUAUGGGUGUAAAUUUCAUUCCCGGGCUACUAUACAGUCUCAAAGGCAACGUAACCAAUCUGGCAAAUUUCAAUUUCAAAUAUAACGUGCUAUAUUUGACCCUGUAACUUCCCAAAACGCCAUAAAACCUGUACAUAGGGGGUACUGUCUUACAUGUGAGACUUUACUGAAUAUAAAUAUGUGUAUUUUAUUGCAGUAAAAGCAAACAGUAUUAUGACAUUGACCGUUAAAAUGUCAUGUAGAACUAAAAAAAAUCCAAAAAACGUAUUUUCUCCCAUUUUUUUCAUAUUAAAUUAUGUUUCAUAGCUAAAUAUUUGAUAUUAAAUGAAAGCCCUGUUUCCCCUGAAUAAAAUGAUAUAUAAUAAGGGUGGGUGCAUUUACUAUGAAAGAGGUGUAUUACGGUUGGACAGACAUGUAGCGCAAAUGCCAGGUUUUGUUUGCAUUUUGUUUUGUUCACAAUGUGUACAUUUGGCUCCGUCCUUAAGGGGUUAAGAUUUUCUUAUCCCCUGCUAUGUUAAUAGCUUGAUAGACCCUGCAAGAGCCUCCUGUAUGUGAUUAAAGUUCAAUUUAGAGAUUGAGAUACAAUUAUUUAAGGUAAAUUACAUCUGUUUGAAUGUGAAAACCGUUUUUUGGGGGGGGGUUUUCAUGCAGAUGUUCUAUCAAAUUUCCCUACUAGCACUCCUGCUACUCCUCCACAGCAAGGUCCUGGAAGGGAAGUAAAACUAGUUUUACACUUUCAUUAUAGUUAGUGCAUUCACUAAGCUUAGGACAUGGGACAUUUAGGGUUAAUGUUAGGGUUAGGAUUAGGGACUUGUUCCUAUUUAGUGAUAUUUCACAUUAGGGGAAUAUCACUAAAUUGUGCUUUUUCACACUUUAUUUUAACCCUUACCCCAAGGGUUAGGGUAAGGAUAGAGUAUGAGAGAUGUUAGAAUCACUUACCUAACCCUAAUUUGAACUCUCACUUAAGCCUAAAUGUCCCGUGUGCCUAAGCUUAGUGAAUGCACGAACUAUAAUGAAAGUGUAAAACUAGUUUUACUUACCUUCCAGGACCUUGCUGAGGAGGAGUAGCAGGAGUGCUAGCACCAUGUGCAGCACAGGAUCCAGCUGAUUCCCCUCACCGGAAGUGACAUGGGUAGGGGAUUUUCACGAGGUAGGGGAAUUUGAUAGAACACAGGCUCUGUCAAUCAUAGCCAGGGGAGGUGUGGCUAGGGCUGCAUAAACAGAAACAACGUGAUUUAACUCCUAAAUGACAGCGAAUUGAGCAGUGAAAUUGCAGGGGAAUGAUCUAUACACUAAAACUGCUUUAUUUAGCAGUGUUCUAUAGUGUUCCUUUAAAGGGACACUAUAGUCACCCAGACCACUUCAGCUCAAUGAAGUGGUCUGGGUGCCAGGUCCCUCAGGUUUUAACCCUUCAGAUGCAAACAUAGCAGUUUCAAAGAAACUAUGUUGACAUUUGGGGUUAAGCCAGCCUCUAGUGGCUGUCUUCCGGACAGCCACUAGAAGCGCAUCUGCAAUGAUUGAGGCAUAUUGUGACGUCGGACGAGGAUGCUGACGUCGGCGUGGGAGGAGAGGUAAGGGAGUCCGGAGCUGGAAUUAGGUGAGCUACUGAAGGGGUUUUACUAUAGUGUCAGGAAAACCGAUUUGUUUAAACCCUUUCAGCCACUUACCUUAUUAAUCCGGCGCUGGCGACCUAUCCUCCUCCUGCCGACGACGUGUCCGAAUGCACAAGCGCGGCAAAAGCCGCACACACAUUCAAACAGCCCAUAGGAAAGCAUUACUCAGUGCUUUCCUAUGGACGUCAGCGUCAUCUCGGUGUGAGACAGUCACUAGAGGCUGGAUUAACCUUCAAUGUAAACUAUGCUAUGUUUACAGCUGCAGGGUUAAAACUAGGGGAACCUGGCAUCCAGACCACUUCAUUGUGCUGAAGUGGUCUGGGUGCCUAUAGUGGUUCUUUAAACACAUUUAGCAUCAUUAUCCCCAUAAUAAGCUGAAACCGUUAUGGAUGCAUUCUGUUAUGAAAGAAAAUAUUCCUAAAAGUCUAGGUCAGCUAUAAGUUAACCACCAGAAUGACGUCCACAAAAUCUGAGGUUGGGGGAAGGAUUUAUGCCGUCUGUGUCAGGCUAGCAGUUUACUUCAUUUUGUUUGAAAAUGUUAUGGAAUUUUAUGGUUUACUUGUUUUUUUGUAUCAGGGUCUGCCUGGGAAUUUUAGAAUGUGUAAUUUUUUUAAUUCUUUUUUUAUUCUCAUUAAACCAUGGUCUAUAACCAUUCAAAAUGUAAUUGCAUACCUUAGGCCAACAUUGCUGCAUUGGAGAAAUUCUGUUGCCUUUUUAUCUGUUUUUCCUCAUUUGAGUAAUUUGACAUAAAUUUAGCAUUUUCGAUUUCAAAUCAUCACUGUUUGUUGAAUAAACCUAUAUAAUUUUACAAUUUAAGUGAACACAAUACCUGAGCACGUUAUGGGUCUGUAGACUUGCUCAAAAUCUCUUUUCUUAAAAGAGUGCUAUAGUGCCAGGAAAACAAACUCGUUUUCCUAGCACUAUAGGUUCAUUAGGCCCCUUCAGCCACUUGCCUUUCUCCAGCGCCGAGCUCCCUCUGUGCUGGGGAACUCUACACUCCCUGCCGACGUCAGAUCCGAAUGCGCACACGCAGCAUGCUCAAUGCUUUCCUAUGGACGUCCAGCGUCUUCUCACUGUGAUUUAUACAGUGAGAAUCGCAGAAGCGCCUCUAGCGGCUGUCAGUGAGACAGCUACUAGAGGCUGGAUUAACCCUCAGUGAAACAUAGUUUCUCUGAAACUGCUUUGUUUUUAGCUGCAGGGUUAAAACUAGAUGGACCUGGCACCCAGACCACUUCAUUGAGCUAUAGUGGUCCUUUAACAUUUGAGAAGUCUGUUAUAUCUCUUCUCUCAAAAAAGUAUUUUUAACAGACACCUUAUGUCCUUUUUCUGCAGUGUGGUUUUAAAGGUGAGAACUAUGGGUUAUAAAAAGAAAUAGCUACUAGUUGUGUAGGCGCUUCAGUGAGUAAAAUUCACACACCAAUAAAGGUGCACUGCUGGUGUAUCCCCUUCACCAUAAAAUAACAAAAAUCGUUGUAAUUUUAACGGUGUUAUUAUGAGAUGGUUUACCUAUACAUCCUGGAUAAGCAAUGUACCCGGUUUUACUUCUGGUGUUUUUUCUGGAAAUCCAGGCUGCAGUGUACCACACAACUUUCUUCUCCAAACUAGUGAAUUGGUAUUUCAGAUUAGUUUUUUCAGCUUAUACGUUUUGGGUUGAUAAGACCAGUCAUAGAGCGUUGGUUACAUCCUACAUAAAAUAGCAGCUGCUUCGUGUCGGUUUUCUAGGAAGAGGUAUACGUAUUUUCAUUGUCUAAAGUGGCUUACACUGUUGUCAGAGAGGUAUUUGGACUCGGAGCUCCUAACCGAAUUCUGUGUACCGUAGCAUGGGUGUUUUCGACAGUGAAAGUCAAUCUGAUUAGAGAAAAUAUACUAUUGAAUAACAUGUAUAGAAUAGAUAAUCGUUGUUUAUUGGCCUAUUAGAUGUUAAAAACAGCUUUGUCACUUUCUGGGGUCUUAUCAUAUUUUGCAAAGACCCCCAAUGGUGACAUCACUGCUUGGGUUACAGUGCAGUGGAGGUGAAUUAUACUUGCCUCGUUCCAUUCCCCAUGGACACAACCAACUUUGAUCUUCUGCUUGUGGCUCCUCAUCUGCCAGAAGCCCACUUUGGUUCUAUACUCUCAUACAAGAGUACAAUACUGAUUUCCAUGGAGGAUCCUGCAUAUAUCCAUAAAUAUUUCAUUACCAUAAGACAAACUAGUCACGACGUAAGAUUUUAUCUUCUUGUAAGAUCACAUUUUAUGGGGAUUACAGAGCCACUUUACACUGUGAGAGAAACAUUUCUAUGUGAGGGACAUGUGCAUUUCCUGAGCUGUAAAACAACUGUCAUCUGCAGCCAUCUCUGAACACGAAUUCACUGUGGUUGAAUAUGGGGAUAUUUUCAGGAAAGGAUGUCUUCAGAAAUGGAAGGUUUAUCGCUGUGUGCAUUUUCAGUGUUGCAUCUCUGUUUUAGCUGCAUUGAAAGUAAGUUAUCCAUUUUGCAAUCUGUAACACCCACUUUCCAUUAGUUCUGGAAUACCCCUUUCUCUACUUGGUGGUAUCUCCCUUUAUCAUAUGUAACAGUGUCUGACAUGAAUACUAACUGAAUCUGAGGUUUUAAUUGUUACAUAUUUUCAUUAGAAUCCUCAGCAAACUAGAUUUCCAUGUAUUUCUUCCUCUUCAUGGUAGUUUUUCUUUAUCCACAAGCUUAUAAUCGUUGAAAGGACUGCUCAAAGAAAGGUCUGAUUAAGCAUCCUUAAAACCAAGAAAAGGCCUUGGUUUUAGAAUAUUUUUAUUCUGUCCGAAAAUUCUCAUCAGCAUCUUUAUUACAUGCAGGCUGUUAUGGACAUUAUUUUCCUUGGUAACUAGACGUAUGUAAUGACCGUGACCUUCAAACUACUCAAACAAGGAAUUUAGGAAUUAAAGGGAUAUGCACAUUGGAGUUGACACCUAUUUUCUAUGUAUUAUAUAGAAAACUGAUAAGUUUUAAGCAAUACCACAGUUUUAUACAUAAAUGUAUUUGUGUAUAAACAGUGUUCUGUCAUUUAACAUUACUGAGCCCACCAUUUCCAUGUGAAAUAUAGGGAUUACCUUUUAAUCCAGCCAUACGUGUCUGUAGCCUGGCUCCGCCCACUGGGAGAUCAUCCGUACUGGCCAAUAGAAUGCUUCUCAAAGAGACAAAAUGAGUGGUAAGCACUACACAGGCAAUGCUUCUAAUGGAUAAACAUUACGUUCUCCUUUGUGGUGGAGUUAGAUUGUGGUUUUGGGUUUGUUCUUUUUUUAAAAACCUCAUUCAUAGUGGUGGUGGAAGGAAUAUUUUUUUGUAUUUAAUUUUUUUUAGAUUUGUUGAAUAAACAAAUAUAUAAAACUCCAACAAGGUAUAAUAAAAGUGAAUAAAAUAUCCACACGAGCUCAGGAUUAGUGUGUGUAUCCCAUCAACUGCAGAUGUGAAAUUAAAUCACUUGCCAUUUCCCGCCAUUAUAGAUUAGCAGAAUACGUACAUGCAAAAAGCAUAAGCACUUGACAAUUGUUAUACUGUCAGAAAAAAAAAUGGCUCUGCCUCCACUCUAUGAAUGCACUGUAAAUAAAUUACAAUGUUGCUAAAGUAUCUGUCCAUAUCCCUUAUACCAGUCUUGUCCAAAGUGCGGGCCAUUUGGGCCUGCGUUCUGGUUUUAAUACGGCCCCACAGUUAAUUUGGUAAAUCUAUCUGUUGUGGCCCCCAGUGAAUCCCUGAGCACAGCUCAGGACUCCUGGGAUCUCUGAGCUGCGGUCAGGAUUCACUUAGGGCCAAGAGAUCGCGAGAACGCAGACGGACGUGCAGUUACCUCAAUCUGCGUUCUCGCGAUCUCUUGGGCGUCGCAGAAUUCGCGAGAUUUGGUUCCUUCUUCCUGCUGGGACAGAAAUAGAAAAUGGACAGAGUAAAGAGCUCUGAGACCGAAUAAAGGGAUGAAAUGAAAAGUAUGCUGUUUUGCAAUAAACUUUGCAUAAAAUAGUUAACUUGCAUUCAAUUUUAAUGGUUCAAAGAAUAUCAGGCAAAAUGGUUGGCCCUCAAGCAUGUUCAUUUUGGACACCCCUACCUUACACAAAUUGUAGCAAACUAGCCAUUCAAAUACUGCUAUAAUUGUAUAAUCUUUAUAUGUUCUCAAUUAAAGGGAUACUAUAGUGCCAGGAAUACAAAGCUGUAUUCAUGGUACUAUCGCUUCCCCUUCCCUUCCGCCUCUCCCGGUAGGUAAACUUAGUGCUGCAAUGUUUAGCAUUGCAACAAUAGUGACACUUUACCCAGACCACUUCAUUGUCCCUUUAAGAAAAGAAAUCCCGAGACACCAUUUUUAUAUAUUUUUUUUAAAUACAUUUUUUUUUCAGUGUUAACAUUGCAGAGCUAAGGGAACAGGGACACUGCACUCAGAUCACUUUGACAAAAUGAAGGUGUGUGGGUGCCUAUAUUGUCACUUUAAAGGACCACUCUAGGCACCCAGACCACUUCAGCUUAAUGAAGUGGUCUGGGUGCCAGGUCCUUCUAGGGUUUACCCAUUUUUUCAUAAUUAUAGCAGUUUCACAGAAACUGCUAUAAUUAUGAAUGGGUUAAGCCUUCCCCCUAAUCCUCUAGUGGCUGUCUCAUUGACAGCCACUAGAGGCGCUUGCGUGCUUCUCACUGUGAAAAUCACAGUGAGAGCACGCCAGCGUCCAUAGGAAAGCAUUGUAAAUGCUUUCCUAUGAGACCGGCUGAAUGCGCGUGCAGCUCUUGCCGCGCGUGCGCAUUCAGCCGGCGGGGCGGAUCGGAGGAGGAGGAGAGCUCUCCGCCCAGCACUGGAAAAAGGUAAGUUUUUACCCCUUUCCUCCUUCCAGAGCCGGGCGGGAGGGGGUCCCUGAGGGUGGGGGCACCCUCAGGGCACUAUAGUGCCAGGAAAACGAGUAUGUUUUCCUGGCACUAUAGUGGUCCUUUAACAAAUCACUUUCAUUGUUGUUCUUAAACACAUCUGUGAUAAGUUACUGGAGUUUUUUAUUUUUUUCAUUUUUUUUUUUAUAUACCAUUCCAAAAUAAGUGCGUUUACAAGUGUAUGGAUGAGAAUGUCUGCAUCUGAUAAGAUAUAAAAUGUAAUGCAUACAAUUUUAAGGGACAUUUUAAACACCAUAAUUAAAGGGACAUUAUAGUCACCCAGACCACUUCAGCUCAAUUAAGUGAUCUGGGUUCCAGGUUCCUCGCACACAUAGCAGUUUCAAAGAAACAUUCCGGACAGCCACUAGAGGCGCAUCUGCGACGCUGGAGGCACAUUUCGCCUCCAUUGCGCAGAGCGUCCAUAGGAAAGCAUUGAGAAAUUUGUGUCUGACGUCGGUGGGGAGGAGAGGUCACCAGCGCUGAGGGAGCCCAGCGCUGGAUUAAGGUAAGGUGCUGAAGGGGUUUUAACCCCUUCAGUGCCGGCGGGUACCUUGAGGGUGGGGGGACCCUCAGGGCACUAUAGUGUCAUGAAAACCGCUUUGUUUUCCUGACACUAUAGUGAUCCUUUAACCAAGCUGGGGUUUUUUUUGGUUUUUUUUUUCACUCCCAGCAUUCUCUUUUUAAACAUUUGUCUUUCUCUAUAGUUGCAAAACCUUUAAUGGAACUUCAUCUGAAACUAAUGAGAAAAAUUGGAAAGUCUGUUACAACCGACAGAUGGGAAAAAUACUUAAUCAAGGUACAUCUUUGGAUCUUUGUUUUUACUUGAGUUCUGUCCUAUUUCUUUUCUUUAUUUUUUUUACAUAAACAUUUUAUUUUUGCUGCUUAAUUGUAGAUCUUAUUUGUGCAUUUGGGUACAACAAUACCCCAUAUGUAUAACUUUGCAAAGUAUCAAUCUGCAUUGUAAAAGAAACCUUUUAUUCUAAAUUUAAUCCUAAAAAAAACACAAUUCUAACCCUAGCAAUAGUGUUAGGAUUCCCUUUAUUGAUUUUAGCAGAGGGAUUCCCUUGACGACCCCAAUCCUAAUCCUUAAUCUAUUCAUAAUCCCAAGGUUUUUCUUCUGCUAAUAUGAGUACUGAUAUUUGCAAAAAUAAUUCUGUUAAAACAGUAUGUUGUUGCCGUGUACUGGCUGUUUUCAGUAUUACAGGGAGAACCUUGUCAUAAUACAAACCUAGCAUGCCGAAUACAUUGCAGUUGGUGCUGGGCAUCUGGCAUCAGUUGACCGGGGAGACAGAGGUAAAGGACUGAUACCAUUGUGUCCCUCAUGUAAGCUGUGAUUUAACCCUAUUCACAUAAAUGUACCAUUGGACACUUUGAGCACUGCAUGCAGCUUAUCUGCCAAUGUGGGGCCACCAACUGACAGGAGAAUGCCCAGUAUCGAAUGCGGUCUUAGAGUUCCCCUGUCACUAGCAGGAAUCCAUCCUUGCUGGUGAAAUACCGUAGGACUGAAAUAUUCAGUCAUGUGCCCUUAAGGGAAGAACAUCCAUGAUGGAAUUAAGUUAAGGGGGUUAAUAUCGGCAUAUUCCCAACUUACUACUAAAAGCGUUAUCUUCAUACAAAAUGCAGUUUAAUUCAUUAAUUUGAAGGGACACUCCAGGCCCCUAAAACACUUUAGCUUGCUAAAAAGACAUCUCUGAAGAAUGUCAUAUUUUUCUCAUUUUGCAAAAAGUGCAAAUUUCAAUAGAAUGUGACUUUUUUUUGUUGUUGUUUGUUUUGUUUUUAAAUUCAUUUAUUUUAUUUUAUAAGUUACAGAGUUAAAACCCUCUGUGGCUUUCUAGCAGACAACAGGUCCUGAUACUUCCUGGUUUGUUGAGCUCAGUGUAGCUAGACUCAAGAGGCAAUAAUUGCCCACAGCCCAUGCCUUGCGAAGACUUCUCAUUGAGCUGCAUUGGAAAGACUGAUUGGACAGCCACAGUCUGAGCUGGGGAAGUAGGGCAGGGUUUGCAAAAGCAUGUAUGCAGGUUUUCAUUUGGGCUACAUGUACUAAAGAGUGAUUUUAUUUAUUUAUUUGCAUUUAAUAGGAAUGCAAGUACCAGUUUUACUUUUUAGAAGUACAUAAUGUGGCACAUGUACAACCUCCUUGUAAUCUUUAAAAUAUGUACCUUAAAAUAUUUUUGUAUAUAUUAAUUUCUACAAAUAUGUUUAUGUACGUGAAAAAGUGAUACAUUUUAAAAGCCAAGCAUUCCUUGGCCCUUAGAAAUAACAUUUUUUAAUUUUAUUAUUAUUACAUUAUUUAUUUAUUUUUAAAACACCAUAAUUAUUACAGCAUAUUAUGAUCAUAAAAAUAAUAAAUUUCCCCCAUAGACACAGAAGAAAAACUAAGGCUUUGGUGUAAUAUUUUCAUAUAAGCUUUUCAAAUUACUUAAUAUUUUGAGAAAUAUUUUUAUAUAUUUGUAUCUGAUAUAUUUUGAAAAAAAUCCUUUGAAAAAUGUAUCCAAAAAUAUUAAGUAAUUUUAACGGCUUACCCAAAUAUAUUAAAUCAAGGCCUAAUUUAGAACGCACUAUUCAGAACAUGCAGCUUUUAAUAAUGGCAGGACGGCUUUUUUCAGUCUUGCGUGUAAAACGGAUCAUUUUAUUUCAGCAACGUUUGAAUACAAAGUGGGAUAAGAAUGGACUAGAACAGCUUGUAAAUGUAUGGAAUGGCUGAUGUUAUGUGAAGAAAAUAUUCAGGGAACAAUAUAUUUCAGAUAUGCCAGGAUUACAACAGCACAUGGGCAUGGGAGAUGGAGAAGAAAGGCUACCAGGAGAUGAGCUUGGAGUGCAAAGUGGGCUUGCUGAAGGUAAUGUAUGUUGUAUAUUAUUUCCACUGGGUUCUCAAGUUCAUUCACUAAUGUUCUGGCUUUUGAUGUAUUCUACAAUUCAAUUCCAGCACUUUUCUGCAUUGUUCUUUCCACUCCUUCAAAUCUGUAAAUUUCUGCCGAUGCCAUGUGCAAAUCUUAAUAACCCUUGCUUGGAGUGUUGAAUCGUAGACUUCACCAGUCUCAAGACAUUUCAUUCCUAAAGUCAUGUAAAUUAUUUAAUAUAAUUUCACUUUGGCAAAUAAUAAAACACUGAGCACCAGCGCACAUGCACAAAGAUAGCAACACACACUACACAUGGCCAGCACACACAUCCCACACACACUAUGGGGGAACAAAGAGUGAGACGCUAUGCCUAGGGAUCUAGGCAGAAGCAACUACUAAUCUUUCUAAUUUUAACUAUUUUGUGUAUCAGGACAUGUGGACACUUGUGAGGGAUAAGUUGAUUGUGCACUUGUUUAAUUAGAUAAAAUUUCAACAUACCUGCAUGUUAAUAACUUAAUUAGGCAUAUAUUUAUUAGCUUUGGUGGGUCUGAGCCACUGCUUAUUUACCAAAGAUUGACCUUUCCUUGUUGCAGCACCUGUGCGAGUGCCAAUUUGAUGACAAUCUAAAAUUUAAAAAUAUCAUCAAUGAAGAGGACGGUGACGCCAUGCGUCUGCAGCCCAUUGGGCGGGAUAAAGAUGGCUUGAUGUACUGGUUCCAGCUGGAUCAAGAUCAUAACAUUCGUAUGUACAUAGAAGAGCAAGAUGAUCAGGAUGGAUCGACCUGGAAGUGCAUUGUCAGGUAGACCUGUUUAGUGAUCAACAUGUAGGCCUGUGAUUUUUAAUGCUCUAUUUAUCUACCGUUACUAGCAUCGUGGGUGGAUAUUUACUGUGACAGUGACCGGAUAUCCAUUUCCUAUUCGUUGUAUAAUUAACUGGACACUUUGAGGGAAUUUCAAUAUUUUGUCUUUCCCAUCUAUCUUGUCAAAUCAGCAGGUGCUGUUGAUGCCAGCCUUAAUAGGACAUUCUAAGCACCAAAACUGCUAUGUCACAAUAUAGUGAUUGUCAUGCCUAGAUGCUGUUCUCUGACAGUGUAAAACAUUGCUUCUGAGAAAUUUAUCAAACAUGCCUCUAGUUGCUGUCAUACUGAUAGAAGCUGGAGUCACUUCCUCCUAAAGAUUUUGGAAAUGAAUGGCUUUCAUGCUUGGUGUCAUCACGCACAGUAUGGUGAUGAUGAGCACACGCAGUGCUUCUCAGAGUGAAGCAUUGUAUUCAUUGCUUUUCUUAAAGGAACAUCAAAAUGAUGGAAUGCAGUUAUUGCCUCAUAAGCAGUAGGUCACCGGUUCGAAGGUUGCCUAUCUAGAACCAUGAACUGUUGGUCCGCAGACUGAGCGAUCACUGUGAAAACCAAUCACUCUGCUCACAUUACCUUCGUUUUCAGCUAUAGCAAUGAAUUACAUUAAACGGCUCCCUGGAUGAUCGGACAUCCUGGAGGGCAUUCAUGUCUCUUUUGAUGAACUGUCUCUAGUGAGACAGCCAGCAAUAGCCAAGUGACAGCUGAUACUAACAUGUACUGCUGCUGCUUGACUUCCCCUUAUUGGCUGUUCCUUUGAUCACUUGGUUUGGGGGACCACCACAUUGCUAUUUCUAGUAAGGCAUCAAGAAAUAUCUCACUGGCCACAGUAGGGCCGGCUUACAAUCUACUUAAACGUGGUUAUCUGGACGGUGAGUGAUUUACCUCUGGGAAGAUCUGAUGCAUGUUUUCAGUUGUAUUAGCUGACUGGAAAAACACAUUAUCUUGAUAGCACAAGGAUUAUCUGUAAUUGUGGAGGAAAGAAAACAGUCUAAAAUACCUCAUCUGAAAAUAUAAUGAAUCUGGAGAAUUUUUCAAUUUUAAGUAAUUUUGACCUAAAAUGUGUGUUUUCUCAAUGCGGUAUCUAGUUGUUUAUUGAAUAAACACCACAUGCUCACAUUCAUUGGACUGCACUGAUGCAGUGUAGGUAUGGCUUGUUUAUAUGUUUCGUACAGGUGUGGUUAACAAAACAUGCUUAGUUAUCCUCUCGGGUUACACAUUAAAAAUGUUCAGAGGCUGCACAUAAGCUUUCCAGCAACUGGGAAAAGCUCCCUGCUCCCUUGUGAUACUAUUUGCUCCGUUUAGACUCCUAAUUAUGCUUCACAGGGAAUUGAGAUACAAUUGACUUUAGUCUCCGUAUUGCUUUCACAACACCUUGAAGCCUUUGUGUAGGCACAAUAUUGCAAGAAUUUGUGUAUGUCCCUGAUAACUUGAUUGCUACUUGAUAAUCCUGCUGUUUUUUGGUGGUUUGUUCUCAUUACUUACAAUCCUGCAGCCCUAGUAUUUCACCCUGAUUUGGAGGCAGAGGUUAUAACUGCGCUAGCUGAAACUGAUUGUAACUGUGUUGACUGCUGUUGUGACUCAAGUCUGCAGGGGUUGUUUGCAGGGUGGCGUCCGGUGUUCACACUUAAUGUUAGGCUUUAUUGGUUACAGGUUACCAGCUGCUAUAGAACUACAUGUACUAUAAUGCUAAUAGAUUAUCCUGAAAUUAAUGUAUAUGUGUCACAAAAUAUACUCUAUCCAUGCCUGAAGUAUUUCUGUGCAGCAUUAAAAUAUUGCAUCCCUAGGCUUUACCAUGUGCAACACACACUGGUUUGUGUCAUUAAAGGGUUACUCAAACCCUUUUUUGGGGGGGGCAGGUGUAAUUCUUUGCACAGGUCUCAUUAGUCAGUGCAGAACAGAGUUCCUGGUAACGAAGUCAUGUUUGCUAGGGGUACAAUUACAAAAUUGCAGAUUUCUCUACAUAGGCUGCAUGUUACACAUUCAGAUUGCUUGCACCAUGACCACUUCUCAAAGCAGACACGGUCAUGGGGGUUGGAAGGACCUCUUAAUUGAAGCAACAUGUCAUUUUCAUUUAUUUUUCUGUCGUUGUAGGACUAGGAAUGAACUAGCAGAAACCCUUGAGCUGCUGAAAGCUCAAAUUGAUCCUGCGUUGUUAAAGAAAAUUGAGCCGCAGGAAGGUUCAUCUCAUGAGAACCCCAGUCCAGACGAUGAAGUGAAAAAGGAAAAUGAGGGUAUGUAUUUUUUUGCCCUUUACUUACAAGCUAAGAUUUUUUGCAAGUUUAUUUUAAAAUCAGAUAUUUAUAUAUGCCCAAGAGCAUAUCUAGUCAUUCAUCUGUAAGACAAACUGAUGCAAAGCCCCUUUAACUACAUAACUAUUUUUCUUCAUUACAGAAAAAUCUGUGGAGGAUGGAGAGAUUGACAAACCUGAAGCCAAGAGCCCAAAAGAUGAAAGCAUCUGUAAAACUGAGAAAGAGGUUUUAAAAACACCUUCUGAAAUAAAGAUUGAGCCCUCCGCAGACUUGGAUGAAGGAAAAUCAGUUGUCAAAGAAGUGAAUGACUCUUUUAAAGAAAAUAUUAAACCUUUGAAAGUAGAAGAAAAAACAGAACCAAAAGAAUUAAAGGAAUCUAAAGCGAAUGCUGAAAUUAUCCCUCCUCCUCAAGAACCUGAACGUUCUGAAAUAUCAGUUAUUGUCAAACGCACAGAAGAUCCUGUUGAAAAGUCAGUGGGGGAAACUGAGAAGAUAAAAAAUGACCAGCAAGCUAAAAUACCGUUGAAAAAGCGUGAACUAAAGUUGACUGAUGAUUUUGACAACUCUGUUAAAACAUCGCUUAGCAAGUCCGUUACCCCUACGAAGGAAAUGCUCCUGAAAGAUGAAGGUAAACAGGAAGAAGACAAUCAGAAGUCUUCAGUGGGGACUUGUGCCAAUGUGGAUGGGAAGCAGCUAUUAAAUGGAGAGGUCAGUAGUGAGAAAGUAGUACAAAACUCAAAGGUAGAUCAGGCCGAGAGUAAUUCUAAUAUAAGAGAAUCAAUUGUGGUAUCAACCAAGGAUGAUAAUGGCUUGCCUAAUGAGAAGAGAAGCAUUGGUGUUAUCAAAAGCUUAACGGUCAUAAAAGAGAACAACAAGACAAGUAACGAUAAUAUGGAGAAAAAUGCAAGGGACCUAGGAAAUGAUCUUCUUUCCCCAUUGGCAGAAGAAUCAAACCUAAAACCACCAGUAAAAGGAGAAUUGGGUGAGGUUGGUUUGAAGAAGGAUUGCUUGGAAGACAAGAAUGGAGAAAAUAGAAAAAAAGAACUGACUGUAAUAUCUAGUAAAGGGAAGCUUGCUGUAGACAAAGAGACUUCAAAGAAAAGUCUUAGUUCAGUGUUAAGUAAGGAGUCUGAAUUGGUAGAUAAAACAGGGAAGGUCACCGCUGGAGAUGGUCAAUUGACUGAUACACCGCCACCUGAAACAGAUGAGUGUAAUGAGGACAACAAGGCUGAGCCAAGUCUAAAACAAAAAAGUGAUGAAGACAGAGGAGACGAAUCUACUGAUAAACUGGAUGCCAAAAAAGAAAUUGCAACAAAAAAGGCUAUAGAAUCAGAGGCCUCAAGAAAGCCUUCAAUUGCAAAAGACUCGACUUCAAAACAAGAGGUUCCCAUAGAAUCUAAAGAGAGCACAGAGAAUGAAAAGAAUAAAACGUCUGAAUUGACUACACCGAAUGAAAUGGCAAAAAAAGAAAAAUCUGCAGAACCAGAGAGGAGAACAAGAACUACGAGAACACGACAUAAAUUGGUUUCCAAAGAAAGUCUUCCUGAAUCUCAGUCAACAAAAGAUAACAAGGUUGAUGACCCCAAACCUGCAAAUGAUGAGAUGGAAAAGUCUUCUAAAACAGAAAAGCUAGGUCCAGCUUCAAAAAGUAGACAUCAAAAUAAAGUGGUCCAGGAAGAAGAAAACAGUGGCACAGACUGUAAGGAAAUGACUUCUGAGAGGCAAAAGGAUGGCUUAAAGUUAACCAUCCGGAUUUCCAACAAAAGAAAGAGGACAGAGUUGUCUCAGAUAACUGCUGUAGAGGAUCCUGAAGAUGCAGAAAUGGAGGAAAACACUACAAGGACUUUAAGGCGCUCUCCACGAAUUUCACGUCCCUCUGCUAAAGCCGCUGAAGUCAAAGACCGUAAGCCUGAGAAGAAACAAAGCGAUGAUGAGGAAAAACCUCCAUCUAAACCUGAAAAAGAUGAAGAAAGAAAGUCUGAAAAAGAUUUGUGUCCGAAAAUAAAAAAGGUAUUUUUAAUAUGUUUCAACGGGUGGCAAAGAAUCUGAUGUAUCAUGGAAAUCUGUGAUACGUAUCCUAUCAUGUUGUACAGUUUAAGUGCUUUACCUUAUGGAAGACAGUUGUGGAAGCAUAAAGGAAUUAGUUAUAGUGUCUCGAAUCCCCAGCAUCGUCCAUUCACUCUGUUUUAAGCCGUUACUUAAUGAGGGUUCUUGGCUGUCCAUAGCUCAGCCCCCACUCGAAGUGUAGCUAAGGCAGAGAUUGCACUGUUCCUUAGCAUUACAGAUUCAUAUCCGCAAUGGGCGGCUGUGAUGGGGUGAAAGCAGUCAGCUGUCAAUCCCCAUCCACUGUUGCCCAGGCUAAUGCUUCCUUAUUAGCAGGAGCAGCACAGAGAGGCUGGGCUUCUGGGGACUCUGUUUGGCAUUAACCCUUUUAAUCAGUUUUUAAAGGUGUAUUGGAUACUAAAACUAAUGAGAUUAAGCAAUUACAGGACCUUCAGUGUCCCUUUAAAACUCUGCUUUCAUUAUGACUCUAAAACAAUCUUUUCAUAGUGUAUGUCUUGUAUAUCUCAAGAAUGUAGUUCAUGUGGUUUUUGGUUUUUUUUGGGGGGGGUGUUUCUGCUAGAUCAUGACACAGUGUGUAGAUCUUAGAAACCUAUAAUGUGAUGGCAGAUAAGAACCAAUCGGCCCUUCUAGUCUGCUCAAUUUUCUAAAUACUUUCAUUAGUCCCUGGCCUUAUCUUAUAGUUAGGAUAGCCUUAUGCACAUCCCAUGCAUGCUUAAACUCUACCACUUCAGCUGGAAGGAUAUUCCUUGCAUCCACUCCCCUCUCAGUAAAGUAAUACUUCCUGAUAUUACUUUUAAACCUUUGUCCCUCUAAAGACUGUGUCCUCUUUUUCUUCUUUUAAAUAGUCUCCUCCUUUACUGCGUUGAUUCCCUUUAUGUAUGUAAAUGUUUCUAUCAUAUCCCCCCUGUCUCGUCUUUCCUCCAAGCUAUACAUGUAACUAUAGAAUGAUGUACACCUUUUUAGAUUUUGGCAAAGUAAAAAAAGGAUAAGUGGAAGGCUCCUGCUCCUCUGCAAGCCAUGGGGUGCCUCUGGUGAAAUUCAACUACUCUUACCAGUUUUUCACUUGCACAGUGAGGCAGAGGGCGAGCCCGAGAGGGAGCUUUUUGCAUCUCCAUGCAUACUGAAGAUUGGUCCUGCCAUCUUUGCAUGUCCGAUCCAAGUUUCUUCUAGUGGCUGUCAGUGACAACCACUAGAGUUGACCUUGGGCAUCAAUGUUGAGAAAAGGGCUGCAUUAACACUGUUCAGCCUGCAGGCAUAAGCUGUAUGCCCCAGAAUCACUACAUUAAGCUGCAGUGGUUCUGGUGCCUAUUGUCAGUUUAUUUGUAUUUAUUUUUUCUACAUGUUGCAAAAGUUUCUAGGUUAAAUGUACUUGAACUUUUCAGAAACCAAGACAAAGAAGACGAGCGCGUUGGACUAACUUCCGAUCACGCCGCCGACGUAAAGAGUCUAGUGAGGAAGAGAGUGAGGAGACUGACAGUGAGGAAGACUCUGAAGUAGGAUCGGAAGAUGAGAACAAAGGUGUCCCAGGAGAAGAUGACGAGCCGUGCAAAAAAUGUGGACUUCCCAACCACCCAGAACUGGUUAGUUGUUUAAUCCUGCCAUUUUUUUUAAUCCUAAAGUUUUGGUUUAACGCUUUGGGGUAGAAAGCUGUUCUAACCAUUUUCAGAAGCUCCAGUCAAGAGUUACCUGUGGCUGUGCAGCUGAAGAUGAAAUUUUGCAGGCCAAACUCCUCCAAACGAUUGCAUGUCUAACAGUGGUAUGGUUGAAUGUAGGAGGGUUUGCCAGAGAUAUCAGAAAGGAGGCAUGCCAGGUACUGUCUAGUGAUCCAGCAAGUGAGCAACUCUCCCUAAAGAGGGCUUGUCAACCUAGCAUGCAUGACCAAAUGUAUUUAGUGACUGUUGCAGACUUUUUCCUGUGUAGGCAAUAGAGACCUGAAAAAGAGACCAUCCAUCUAAAUCAGACACAGGGGAUAUGUGACUGGGUAGCACAAGGUGAAGCUUGCAGCCUGGUUUAAUGGUAUCCAUUCAUAGAGCCAAAUUACUUGAGUCAAAGUCAAGCUGUAAAUGUUAAAAAUUAAUAUAUAGUAAUGGUUAAAAAAAAAAAAAAAAAAUCUUAAAUUCAUACUUAACAUGUCAAGACUUUUAAUAAGAUUGCCAGAUGAGAAAUGGUUUUUCAUGUUCCUUGACAAACUUGUGUCCCCACACUGGAUGUGUAUUCUGGCUUAAUUUCCAAUACAUUAUAUUCACAAUAUUCUAUUGUAUUUUAUUGUUAUGCUAUAAUUCAGCGUUGCUAAAAUAGUUUUUUUUGUUUUGUUUUUUUGUUCUGUUUACAGAUUUUGCUGUGCGAUUCCUGUGACAGUGGGUAUCAUACAGCUUGCCUUCGGCCUCCAUUGAUGUUGAUUCCGGACGGAGAAUGGUUUUGUCCCCCCUGCCAACAUGUAGGAUUCAGGUUAUAUUUAUUGCUUCCUGUGUAUUGCUUUCAACACUUAAAAGAAAUACUUAUUAAGCAAUUACCUCUCUACACCACUUCAAAUUAGGAAUAUGUUCAGGGAAUUAAGUUUUCUUUUUUUUUUUUCUUUAAUGCUACCUGUACAUUGAAAUGGAAACUAUAGUGCCAGGAAAACACUCAUUUUAUUUUUUUUUUUUUUUUCUGGCACUACAGCUUCCCCCUCUGUCAAGCACCCCCUCCUAGAGGUGCAGAUGGUGUUAAAACCUUUCCUGGGACAUGGGGCUGGCUCGGGCCGCACUUGCAUUUUGAUUUCCCCAUAGGAAAUCAUUAUUUAAUGUUUUCCUAUGGCGUUUUGGGUGAUGCUGGAUGUCCCCAUGCAUAGCGGGAAGGUGUCGAGCGUCAGAUAGAGAGAUAGAGAUAUAUAUAUAUAUAGAGAGAUGUAUAUAGAGAGAGAGAUAGAUAUAUUUUAAAUUCAUAUACACACACGUAUAUGUAUGUAUGUAUAUACAUAUUUAAAUUCUAUGUAUAUAUUAUGUAAUACUUUUAUAGUUAAGUAAUUUUAUUAGUGUGGGGGACCUGCCUGACAAACCAGGCAGAAAGUCCACAGAAUUUGGUUUGCAGGCCCUAUAUUUAACCCUGUAACUUUCCAAGACACCAUAAAACCUGUACAUGGGGGGUACUGUUUUACUCGGGAGACUUCGCUGAACACAAAUAUUAGUAUUUCAAAACAGUAAAAUUUAUUACAACAAUAUCAGUGAAAGUGCCAUUUAUUUUGUAUUUUUCACACACAAACUGCACUUUCACUGAUGAUAUCAUUGUUGUGAUCCGUUUUACGGUUUUGAAACCCUAAUGUUUCUUCAACGAAGUCUCCAGAGUAUAACAGUACCCCUCAUGUACAGGUUUUUGUGGUGUUUUCAAAAGUUAGAGUCAAAUAUAAAGCUUGCAUUUCAGUUUUGUCACAUUGAAAUUUGCCAGAUUGAGACCGUAUGGUAGUCCAGGAUUGCGAAUUACCCCCAUUAUGCCAUUCCAUUUAUAAAAGUAGGCAACCCAAGGUAUUGCAAAUGAUGUGGUAUGUUUAGUCUUUUUUAGUGGCCACUUAGUCACAAGCACUGCCAAAAAUUAGCGUUAAAAUUCGUUUUUUGCAAUUUUCACACACAAACAAAUAUGAACGCUAACUUUGGCCAGUGUUUGACGAAGUGGCAACUAAAAAAGACUGGACAUAUACCCCAUUUGUAAUACCUUGGGUUGUUUACUUUUGCAAAUGGUAUGCCAUCAUGGGGGUAAUUCUCAUUCCUGGGUUACCAUUUGGUCUCAAAGGCAACAUAACCAGUCUGGCAAAUUUCAGUGUGUAUAAACGAAAAAAACAUGUAAUGUGCUGUAUUUGACCCAGUAACUUUCCAAAACACCUAAAACCUGUACAUUUGGGGUACUGUUUUACUCGUAAGACAUCGCUGAAUACAAAAAUGUGGUGUGUUUUUAUGGUUUUUUUUGUAUUGCAGUAACUGCUAACCAUAUUAUGCUAUUCACAGUUAAAAUGUCAUGCAGAAAUGGAAAAAAGAAAAUUCUUAAUUUCUCAAAUUAAUUUUAUUAAUAUUAAAUUAUGUUUCAUAUAUAAAUAUUUGAUAUGACAUGAAAGCCCUGUUUCUCCUCAACAAAAUUAUAUAUAAGUGUGUGCAUUUAAAAUGGAAGAGGUGAAUUCUGGUUGAACAGACACAUAGCGCAAAUUCAAAGUUUUGUUUGUUUUGAUUACAACUUGUACAACUGCCUCAGUCCUUAAGGGGUUAAGAUCAUAACCUAAUUUUGCUCUGCAAAUUUUUUGUUGAAAAAUUCCCCCAAUGUCAGAAUUUUCUAUCAUAGCCUAUCACAAUCCAAAGCAAAAUUAAUGUACAUGUAGUAUACAUCUAACUAUAUAGAAAUCAAGACACGUGGAAUUUCUACAAGAUUUUCAAUGUUGCUAGAGACUAACUGAAACUGACUCUGCCCUUUAUAUGGCACCGCUACCACAGCUCAUAUAGCAGUCUUUUAUGUUGGUCACAUGGACAGGAAUCCAGUAUGUGUUAGAGUUAAACUUGGUUGUUACAGAUUUUCCCACAAACUGAUACCUGACUAAAAGUUAAGUUUAGGAAAGGUAGAGGAUAUCGCACUCACCAGGCAACCAAGGUGCACUGGAUCAGAGAAUGUUAGACCCGGCUUCAAUAAAGCUGCAAUCUUGGCUAUUACCUUGAGUGCCUGGACCACUAUUUAUUUUUUUAAAUUCUUUUAUUUUUGGGAGUGUUAGUCCGGGAACCCCUAACCCAGGUAGUGCACUUUGAGCGUUGGGAAAAGUGAGUUAGUCAACGGUAAUGCUCUAAUUACUGCCAAAGCUGCAGGAGCACAUGUGCCACACGUCUGCGAGGCUUGAUGGUCAGGCUCCGCCCCCUGAACCAAUAUUUUACCUAUACAAAAAGUUAAGGCUUGUAAUAUUUUAUUUAUUUCAAAAAGAUUGUCUUUUUCUUAUAUCAUUUUUAUACCCGUCUGUCAUUGCAUAGUCAGACCAUACUGUACAAAUCGAGGGUCCUAUUCAAUAUCUACCAGCUAGACAUCAUUAUUGAAGAUAUAUACAAAUUAUUGGGGGGAAUAUUUAUCAGACCGAAACAAUUAUCACAUUUAUAUAAUAAAUUUGAGGUGCAAUGCAAAUCCAUUCAUGUGGUUAAAACAAUAACUCAGAGGGCAAGGCGCAUAGAGGAACUAUUUAGAAUGGUUACUGAAAAUAAAUGGUAAAAUUAUUUAUUUUACCCCGGUUGCUUGUCGAAACUUUUCACUGAUCCUGUUGCUAUAUUCCUUUACUAGAAAUUACUGUGUGAUAAACUGGAUGAACAGCUACAGAAUCUGGAUGUGGUUCUUAAGAAAAAAGAACGUGCAGAGAGAAGGUAUUUGCUUUUAAUUUGAUAUUUAAUGCAGCAGUGUAGGGAACUGUUGCAAUUCUAGUUUUAGACCUGUUUAAGAACUUGGCCCUAUUACUUUUCAUAACCAAUGUGUUUGGUUGAUCGAUAUUGGUGUCCAACAUUUUCAAAUCUGAGUAUAUUGUAUGCUACAGUGUUAGAACUUAAAAAGUUGCAUUUUUUUUUAUUUCCUCAAAUUGGUUUAAAUCAUAUUCAUUGUACGUGGUUUUUUUUUUUUUUUUUUCUUCUAAUGCCUGUUGCAGGAAAGAACGGUUGGUUUAUGUUGGUAUAAGCAUUGAGAACAUCAUACCUACACAGGUAAGUUUAGUAAUGUUAGAAAUACAAAUAUUUGUUUCUACCAUUGGUGUUUGCCCCUGCCUCCCCAAAAAAGCUAAAAAUAAUGACUUUAUAAAGUGAAAUCAUUUUUACUUUACUUCUAUCCCUGCCCAUGCUGGUCUCCUGCUGCAGCAGCCUCUGUUGAGAUAAUCCGUGACCAUGAUAUCUGCCAAUCUAGUGCUUCACCAUAGGGACGCUUUGGGAGUUAUUUUGCAUGCAUGGUGAUCAGCAUUUUUCAUAGAAAUGCAUUAUUAGACUUCAAAUGUCAGAACUGCAAAGGGAAGCAUGAAUAGUGACUCUGUGUUAAGCCUUGAUUUGCAGGGCACACUCACUGACUGAAAGUGUCAGCUCAGCCAAUGUGUUAAAGGGAUACUUUAGUGCCGGGAAUACAAAGCGGCAUUCCUGGCACUAUCGCUCCCCCUCCCUCGCGCAUCCCCUUGGCAGGGUAAAUAAUGGGUUAAAAACCGUUUGUUUACUUACAAUAUCCCAGCGCUGAUGUCCCUCUGCGCUGGGUCGAUACUCCGCCCCCUCCAGUGGCCCGGGACAAGCAGGCACUGAAGCGCAUGCUCGGCAAUUUAGACCUCUCCAUAGGAAAGAAUUGAAUCCUAUGCAGAGUGAGGAUUUCCAGCAUCAGAUAUUGGACAAAGGAUUUGUUUUAAUCCAGAAAGCUCCCCCAGCGGAUGUCUGGUAGACAGCCACUGAGGGCAGACUUAGUGCUGCAUUGUAAACAAUGCAGUUUCUCUGGAACUGCAAUGUUGAACAAUGCAAAAGGGACAGUGCACCCAGACCACUUCAAUGAGCUGAAGUGGUCUGGGUGCCUACAAUGUCCCUUUAAACCUUCCACUGCCUGGCUUACUUCAAUACUGAGAGCUUCUGGCUCUUCUGGAAGAGGUGACCAGUGCCCAGCAAAUUCCAGGUAAGUUGCCAAACUGUUUGCAAGGCCAGUGUAGUGGUUCUGAUGCUUUGAGUUUUCCUCUUAAGAGCAAGGAGAACCUUUGGGUUGUUUUUUAAAAAUUAUAAUUUAAUGUAUCUGCAUCCUUUUGUAAUCCAUUCUCUAUAAUGCAUUAAACGUAAGAGGGAGCCAAAUCCCAUCUGGAAUGUCCAGAUCAAUUGAUUCAGUUCAUUCAAAUAAUUGCUCUAACACUAUAGCACUGUAGGCAUGUGGUUCUCCAAAAAGAACAGUGCCAAAUUGACCCUAAUUUAUUUUGUUACAGCUAGAAGCUUAUCUAGUUUUAUGUAUUCAAAAUAUGUAUUCUGUACGCUACAUAUAGUUUGAGUAAAACUUCCCCCUGGUGUGAUUCUACCAGCAUAAUACAGAGUUUCACUAACUGAAUUUAAGCUCUUUAAAUCCAAAAUAAUUCCAGUUUUGCCAUUCAGGUUUAGUUGGUUAACAUUUGGUAUUUAGUGAAUAAGCUUGAUAAGUUUGUCUUCUUAUACCUACAUGAAGGGUGUCUUUUCCAAUGCGUUUUGUGGAUCAGAGUCCUUUAACUCCUUAACCUGUUUGCUUUGACAGUGCGUUGUAAAGGAGGGUACAGCCAUUUCACAAAGUGAUAUGGCUUUCUCUAAAAUAAUGCACGCAAAGAAUAAAUUGGUACUUUAAUUGCUGUUGAAUUUUAGCAUUUGUAUUUUCAUUUAGGAACAAGAGGAAGUGGCAGAGGUUGUGGAAAAAGAAGAAAAGAAAAAGAAAAAACCAAAGCCACUGGAAAGAAGGUCAACACGAGCUAGAAAAUGUAUAAGCUACAGGUAAGGCCUGAGAACAUUUGCAGGUUACCUGUCCACCCAAUACUGUACAGUAUUUUAAUCUAUACAUCACUGUAUCCAAGUUGUUAUCACUGUGUAUACUUAGAGAUAGUCCAUAUAUUAUUUUUUUUGCCUGCACAUAUAUUGUAUGUAUACAGGCAGAUCUGUAGAAUUCUUCUUUCCUUAUCUCAACCUUUUUAAGCAAACUCCUUCCUGCUAUAAUUUUUUUUUUUUUUUUUCUACGCCCUUGAUGCUAUGCCUUUUUGUAUAUGUAUUAGGAGUGCAUAUAUUUUUGAUGCGUUUUCUGUAUAAAGGUUUGAAAAAGAAACUUUGCUACAGCCUUAUGUGUCCAUCUAAUUAUGGCAACUUGCGGUGUUCAAAAAUACUAGUGUUAAUUUCAAAUGUGCUAUGAAAUGCUAAAUUGCAUUAUGGCAACCUUUAGGCACUCCAGGUGUUGUGGACUGCGUCUCCCGUAAGGCUGCUAUAGACGUAAUGCUGGCAAAGCAUCGAGGGAUGUGUGUGCCACAACAUGUGGAGUACUGAGUUGCCUACCCUGGCUAAUAUUGUCUUAAAUGAUUUCCUCAAAGCCAUUCUUUGAAUAAAUGUUCAAAACUGAAAAUACAUUUGCAUAUUGCUUUUUUUUUUAUUAUUCAAUUUUGUUAACUUUUGUUUAGAUUUGAUGAAUUUGAUGAGGCCAUUGAUGAGGCAAUCGAAGAGGACAUCAGGGAUGCAGAUGGUGGAGGUGGUAGGUAGACUUCAUUCAUCCUUCUAUUGUAAAUCCCCGCUUUUCUAUAUUUUCUUUAUUUGUGAUUCAAGGACUUGUUCUGAUUUUAUUGAUUUUAUUUUUUUGUUUUCUAAAUAAACGCUACGGUUUUAUGUGAUUAUUGUUAUAGACUUUAAAAACAUUGAACAAAAUUACUAAGCCAUCUAAGGUAAUUCAAUGAUUUUAAAUGAUGGUACUCCAACUUGAAGCCUGAAUGAACUAGCAAAACAGGUUAUUAAACAUUUCUUAUGCUCCUUUAAAUGAACACUCUGGGCACCAUAACAACUCCAGAUCCAUGAAGUACCUUUCUCGCAUGGUUUUCUCAGUGGAAAACUAAUUAUCAACUGAAGAACAUUAGUUGAGUCACUGCAACAUAGAAAUACAUUCUAGGUAAUUUAAUUCUUAUUUUUAAUUGCGUUCCUUGCGUUUUUCACCCCCUGUUAUAACAGUAGUGUUUGCUGGGGUUUAUAGACCAAGAACUCUCUGGAAAUGGCAGUUCUAAUUUAAACAAGAACUCGACUACAGCUGGGAUAAUCUUUGAGAACCCAUUAUCACUGUAAUCUGCUACAGACAUUUGGUUGGCAGCAAUGUUGCAAUGGCCUCUAUAGUAAUUACAUUCCCACUAGGGUUUCUCACAGAGAUACUAGUAGUAUUGAGUUUAGCAUGCAACCAAAUGCUAUUUUUUAUUUUUAUUUUUUAUUUUUAUUAAUUGUCCUCCCAUAUCCUAUCUAAACGUGUGUGUAUGUAUGUGUGUAUAUAUCUAUCUCUCUUGAAGUGCUAUGUAGUGACCAUGCUAGAGUUAAUUUAAGUGUGUGCUUUUUCUUCUGUUGCAUGGUGUUAAUUUUUUUACAUAUAUUUAUCUAGGUGCAGGCCGUGGCAAGGACAUGUCCAAUAUCACUGGUCACCGUGGAAAGGACAUAUCUACAAUUUUAGAAGGAGAAAGAACUGAAGGAAAACGGCCACAAAGAACAGUCACCCGCCGCAAAAAACGUCGGCGUCUUAACGAUCUUGACAGUGAUAGCAACAUGGAUGAAGAAGAGAGUGAAGAUGAGUUCCGGAUCAGUGAUGGGUACUGUCUGCAUUUUGUGUUCAGUUUAAACUACCAGCUGAUGAAAUUGUUUAAACCUCUUGGGACAUACAUUUGUAUUAUAUUGUACAGUGAUUCGGCAUAAAUUAGUACUGUAACUAUAUUUCUAUGCCAUUGUUUUUUGUAAUCAUUGAAAAGAAUAUAUGUACUAUUUGUAUUUUCUAUAUUACGUAAUGCCUAUAGUGAAAAUGGUGGUCCUCUGUGACCCUCUCUUACGAAGUAGUGUGGCAGAUUCUGAUGAUCUGGCAAAGAUUCCCUAUGUAAAGGAACACUAUAGUGUUUUGAAUACAAGAUGAAUUUCUCCCCCGACCCUAGGGAAUUAUGGGUUACAAAACACUUUAAACAUGUGCCUGAUUCCAGCGCCGAGGUCCUUCAGCACUGGUUCAAUCUCCUCCAGUGAUGUUAAAAUAAAAGGGAAACCUAAAACCUAUUAGUCUUUUCCCAUAGGAAAGCAUUGAAUGAAUGCAAAGCGGGAGUACGUCAACACCUUUUUACGGAGUUAAACUCUGUGAAAAGCCAGGAAGCAUCCCCUAGUGGCUGUCUGAAACCGCAAUGCCGUUGGAGACCACCCUUUUGAGUUAAACUUUUACCUUUGGGUUAGAAAGCACUGGGGGUGGGGGGUGGAGUUCACUUUGUUUUAUGAUAACCGGUUUCUAGUCAAUCCAUGUACAAAACAUGAUAAUAUUUGGAACAGAAUAAAGCAAAGGUUCAAGGAUCAGAUUGGUUUUAAUUUUGCAGUAUGGAUUUCCUGGCUAAGGCUGACAUGAACUACUUUUAUAGUCCUUUUCAUGCCAGUGAUAUUUUCCUUAAUCUGCAAAGUAAAAAUGAAUGUGUGUUGCAUUAGGAUCAAAAAACAUCCACUUACUUUAUUUCAUAUUUCUCCAGUUCUGAAGAGGAAUUUGUCGUAUCUGAUGAAAACGCACCAGAGAGUGAAGAUGAUCAGCAAUCAAAUGACAGUGAUUUUGGUGCGCGCAAACCAAGACGUCACUACAGGCGACCGAUGAGGAAAAGUUCACGUUUGAAGAAAAGAAGCUCAAGAAGGAAAUAUUCAGAUGAUGAUGAGGAUGAGUCUGACGACGAUGCUGAAGAGUCUGGUGAGGACUAUUACAUUGUUUUUAUGUGACAGUAUUUUCAGAUGCAGUCUUGAACAACAAUUAACACUAAAGAACCAGACUGGAUAUAGCUGCAGAAACAUCUUUUGAUGGGAAGUCUCCAUUUAUGUUCUAAAUAAAAAUUAGUGAAGUAAAAUUAGAAUUUUCUAUUUUCUCAAUUAAUGUUUGGUUUUUCCCUAAUUACUGUAAUGGUUAGUCUUUUAUGCUAGUUUUUUUUUUUUUCCAGAACAUGUUAUUUUCUCUGCAUUAAUGGGCCAUAUUUGUAAGCCUUUCUAAAACACCAUCAUACGUACAUAUUGGCUUUAUUGGAACUUUAAUAUUGCAGGAUUACAACAGGUACCCGAUCACUUGUAUAGGUCAAAAUGCAGGCAUAGGGUCACAAACCAGUGCAUGUGGCUGUUUAGUUUGGUCACCCAAAAGGUGCACUCCUUGUUGCAUAUCAUUAUGGAAGCACAGCUUUCUUUUGAUUGUUUUUUUGCUAAUGCGAGUCCAAAUAAACAAGUUUUGUAUCCGGUUAUGAUAGCAAAAUGUAGAAAUGCAAGUCCUUGGAUUGUACAGUUUUUUAUUUAUUUUUUGUUUUGGGUUUUUUUCCCCCCUUUAUUUGGAGUGUUUCUACAGAGCAGAUAUUUAGUUCAUCACUAUAAAUGACAUUUAGAUAGCUCAUGUCAAGACAUAAAUUCAGAAUCGAUCAGUGGUCAUAAUUCCUGACUUUUGGAAACUUUCUAAUAUUCCUUUUAUAGGAGGAAAAUCCUAUACGAUGUCAUUAUAUACAUUACCUAACAUGAAAAAACAAACUCAAACACAAAUAUGGGAUUUGUAGCACUAUGUGAGACUUCGGAGUAGAAAUUAAAAACAUUUUAAAAGUACACUUGAAAAUGUUCAUUGAAUCUGUGUGUGCUGUGGGCCUUUGUAGAAACAGAAGAAAGCAGUGAUUACAGCGAUGACUACCUUGAUACCAGAAGAAGGAGGUCAAGAAGAAACCAGAAACGUCAAGUCAACUAUAGAGAAGAUUCUGAGAGUGAUGGUUCACAGAAAGGAGCUCGGUACGGCAGAGGCAAAGAAAUGAGGCGGGUACUCAAACGCAGGUUCUCCAGCUCGGAAAGCAGUGGUAAGUAUUUUCCACAUAACAAGUAUGAGAACUAAGAAGAUUAGAUUCCAGGAAUUAAUUUACCUGUCUGACUCUAUGUAGUACAUAUACAUAACAUACCGAGCUUCAUUGUAAUAGAGAAGCAAAUUCUAUUUAUUUAAAUUCUAAAACAUAUGACUUAAACAAGGUUAUGCUUUCACACAUUGUCCAGACAAACUGACCGAAAUGAAUAUAAUAGUUAACUGCUUUAAAGGAAGGCUGUAAUCACCAUCGUAAUGAAACUUUACUGCAAGUGUGAUGGUGCACUGAACACCCUUUUUCUAACUCUGCUCUGAGAGUGUCUUAGAAACGUAAUUUUUUUUUUUUUUUAAAUUGCUGCAGCUCUAAGACGGCCCAUGGAAGAGGUCAGUCAUGCAGCAAAAAUGCUUUGUUUUUGCUGUCCACUUUUGACAGUUUUGUGUUCACCAUCUGUGCGCACAACUUGGGUUGAACUCGUUCACUGAGCAGCAGGCGCUUAGCGUGUUGAGAUUGUGGUCUGCCUGUAGCACUAAAAGGGUUAUCCAUUAAUGUGAGAAUUGUUGGGAAUUCAAAGUAAAUUGUAAAUGUAGGGCCUAAGUAGCUGAACUGGAAGCAUACGUGACUUGGAUAUUUUUUUUAUUUUAUAUUUUUUACAGUUAAGCUAUUUUAGCCAUAAACUUGUAAUUCACUUUGAAUUCCCAGCAAUUCCCACAUUAGUGAAUAACCCUAUAGUGAACAGGGCUAAGUGUACAUUGCUUUGUAUGUAUAUAUAGAUAUAUAAAAUAAGAUGUUAUUUAGUUGUAUGCUGAAAGAAAGAUUUCAACUUGUAGACCAGCACCAUACCGAUAAGACCAAAAAGGUUGAUAAACCCCUAAUAAAAACAUUUAUUGAUUUAUGCUUUUUUUUUUUUUUGGGGGGGGUAUUGAAAUGUAUAAAAGCUUGCAAAAGCUGAGAUCUCCUGUCAGAGGCCUUUACAAUCCCUCCCCUUCUAACCCCGCCCAGACUUUCUGUGGCUGUCCAAUCACAGAAUUCCCAAUGCAGCUCAAUGAGAAGUCUUUGCAAGGCAGAUUCUCUGGGCAAUUUCUGGCUCUAGAAUAUAGCACCACUGCGCUAAACUACCUGGAAGUAACAGGACUGGCUGUCUGACAGCCAGGGGGUUUAACUAGGUUAAUUUAUAAAAGUGGCAAUUUCUAUUGAAAUCUACACUUUUUGUAGAAUUAAGAAAGACAUACUCAUUACACAAGCACUUCAGCAAGCUAAAGUGCUUUAGAAGUCUUGAGUGUUCCUCUCCCUUACACUACCUAAACACUAAAACUAACCCUAACCUACAAUUUACAUAUCAAUUUACAUAUCAGUCUUGAGAGGCAUUAUUUUCCUGUAUUUUAUUUUUAUUUUAUUUACUUUUUAAAAUAAAAUUACGUCUUUUAUAUAUAUAUAUAUAUAUAUAUAUAUAUAUAUAUAUAUAAUUAUUUUUUUUGUAUUUUUUUUUUUUUUUUAUGUAUAACCAGAAACCUGAAUUUUUUUUAUAUUUUUUUUGUUUUUUAUGACAACCUUAAUGCCUUUUUGUUAUGCUAUAAAAUAAUGCAAACUAUGCAGUGGAGUAAAGUCUUUAGUUUGCUGUUAAGUUGGGACCAACUAGGUUUUAAUAUAGGAUAUUAUGUGGCGAGGUUAGGAUUGGGAUUGCUAGUGUUGUAUUGGCAAUAAUAACAUCUAACAUGAACAUUUCCAUUACUCAUUAAACGAUGUCCACACCAAAAGGAAAAAAUCCCUUUAAUCUUUUCUAUACUUAAUUAGAUGCACCGAGACAUUGUAAGCCCCUUCUUAUAGAGAAGCAAUCUAUUCUAAAUCUGAUUUCUUCACCUAGAAUAUCAAACUAAGCAUAUUUAUGUCUUUCAGAUGAUGAUUCUGCAGAUGAGCGGCUACGAACAGAAAAGAAGCCCUUGCUACGGAAACGCAUCCGAAGUUCAAAUGAUGAACUGUCAGAGGAAGAGAAACCUGUGCGAAAAAGAUUAAAUCGAAUUGAGACCGAUGAUGAUGAAGAUGAUGAUGAGGAGGGGAAGGAAGGGAAGGAAGGAAAGGCUGAGAGCAUAACUGAAAAGCCUGCUGUCGUGGAAAAGCCUCUCCCGACAAGCACGGUCCAAGAAAGCACGAAGAAGCCUUGCUAUCGGAUAGAAAGUGAUGAUGAAGAUGACUUUGACAAUGUAGGAAAAGAUGGCAGCCCAUUGGACUAUAGUUUGGUGGAUUUACCUUCCACCAAUGGACAGAGCCCUGGAAAAACUAUUGAGACCUUGAUUGGGAAACCAAAUGAAAAGAGUCAGAACUCUAAGGACACUUCGGCCAACAUUAGCCAGGCUUCCAAUGGGACGGUUAGUAGCCAGGAAGCAGUAGUGCCAGAAGAAGACGAGGAUGAGCUUCUGCGAGUAACGGACCUUGUGGAUUAUGUCUGUAACAGCGAACAGUUAUAAGACUCAUCCUCUUCCAUUUUGUGCUAAUUUAUUCCACAGUCGCUCAUACCAGCGGGCCAGUUAUGAAAUGCGGUUUUAUUCCUCAUUGAGAACUUUCUCCACUACAAAUUUUACCUUUUUAUAGAAACAUUUGACCAGUCCUGCAGCCUCUGUGAAGUGACCAGUUUUUGAACUUCAUAAAAUAAUUUCUGUAAAUUUCUUUUGUAUGUUCACCCUCCUACUUCUUCUUUUUGUUUUUUAGUUUUUUUUUUUUUUUUUUAUAUAUUUCUCAUUGCAUUUGUGGUCAUGGGUAAUUUCACUGAAACCAUGAAAACUUAAAAAUUGGGAGAAAAAAGUGUUUCCACAUGAAUUUUGUGAAUAGGGGUAGGACGUAUUCCAAAUGUCCCAGAAAUAAAAUGAAAAAUACAGUUAUUUUUCUUUGUGAACAGGGAGCAUAUUCCAAGUAGAUGAAAAUAGGAUUGUAAUUUGGGAUAAGCACUUGUUGCUUUUAGCUUUUUUUCAUAUGAGAUAUAUAUUCUAUUUAAAUAUGCAGUACUUAGGUUACGAUAAACAGGCAGUUAUAAAUAAAAAUUACCAACAACUUUUAUUGUUGCUUUGUGAGUCUUAUACGACUGGUCACUCCUCCCCCCGCCCUUUUUUUUUUUUUUUUGAAAAUGUAGUAUAGUGCUGAAAGUGACCACAAAAUUUAUAUAUAAAACCACUUCUGUGUCAGAAGGUCCUAGAACACAUUAAGAUUGCAAUUUACUAAUCUUUCUAAAUUUGGACCCAGAAACAUUUUAUUGCCUCCAUCCCCAUAUGACCUUCUUUGCACAGCUUAAACUGUUAAAAUUGUCUUUCUUUUUAACAUAGGGGCACAAAAGAUGAAUUUAUUUCAUGGAGUGACUUUCAUUUUUGACUUGCUCAGAAUCCUACUUUCAUUUUAUAAUGGCACAAAUUUUACUCUGAAGGCUCCCAGAUUGAGACUGAUACUGUCAUUCAUUGUUAGGAGGGGUGGUCCCUAUUUAAUACGCCAAUACUUAAGGAAUUGCAAUGUACUGUGUUUAUGACCCUCUCAGUAAUUGAAAGGUCCAGCCAAGGUACCACAUUCUGUCUGCUUCAAAUUGAAGUAAGGUGGUGGGUGGGUUGGGGAAAACAAAACUGUCUGUUGUGCUAUUUGUUCCAUGCUAAUCUGUGUAGAUGUCCUAGAAAUUUCUGAUGGUUUAUACAGCACCUGAAAUGUUUAUUGAAAUCAUUUUUAAGUACCUGUGCUUGCAAAGGCUUGUUUCUUACAAAACGCACUCACUAAAAAAACAUUUGGAGUUCAUAAAACACCUUAAAUUAUUGGAAGUUUGUUGCCAUAAAACAGUGUUCAUGGUCUCUAUGCAGAAUAUCAGGUGUGUGCACAUCAUAUCAAGUAAGCAUUUUUUUGUGUAUGUGUUUUUAUACAUUUAUUCAAUCAUCACAGUGAAACACCCAUGCCUUGUAUUCAUUUGAUAUCUGCUUAAACGGAGCAGCUCUAAAAACUUAGUAUUUAGUCCUACAUUUAUUCUGCCAUACUGGAGAGAUGGAGAUGUAUAGAGAUAGAUAUAACAUACAAUAUCCCAGCACACUCCCUCACUAAACACUAACUUCAAAGCUCACAAAAUGUUCAUUUGUUUUUUAGGUUGUUUUUUUUUUUUAAAAACACCUGACAAAAAUAAUGGGGAACUACUUACAUUAUAUGGUCAUACAUUGCAUAAGCCUGUCACGUCAGUGCAUCCCAUUUUCAGCAAGUACUGUCCUAAAAACCUAUUACCUGCUUUUUUUUAGAUUAAUCCAUGUAUUUGGGAAAUGCUUCCUCCUGGGGCUCUCUGGAAUGAGCCACUUUCGACAGGGAGUUGGCCUGGAUUCCCAAAUAUAUUGACAUAUCAAACCAAGUGGGCUUCACUCACCUCAAAAUGCAUACAUUAUAAGGGUGCUCCUGGGGCAAACUAAAAGAGUAUACACGACUCAGAUUUAAUAAAUGAUGUAACUGCAGACAGUUUGUCUUUCCAUUCCAAAAGUAUGGUAUUCCCACAGUUGGAUCCUAUAGGAUUGGUGUAAUGAAAUAUUUCUGUAAUUAUUUUUCAUCUGCAUCACUAGACGAAUAAGGUUACUGUCUUUUUGUGUUAGUGUGUACAUGUAUGCUAAAUCAAUUUCUCUUCACAAUGUUCUGGUGCCUUCAUUCACUGUAUUGCACCUUAACUGUACCUAUUUGCAUUUCUGCAUGAACAUUGCCUUACAAUUUGGUAUUUAUCAGUGAUUUUCCAAGGGACUCUAAAUCAUGUAUCUGUGUGUUUGGAGAUGAUGCAAAACUAGGUAAAGUAAAAAAAAAAAAAAGUUAAAUCACAGGAUUUGGAUAAAUUAGAGGACAUGGCAGGCAACUGACCGUUUAUAUCCAAACGGGCAAUUGUAAAAAAAUAUACAUUUUACAGCUAGUAAAAUAUGUAAUUCGUAUUUAAACAGGUUGAGUUAAAGAUGUCCAGAAGGAUUUGGGAAUAAUUAUAGACUACAAAUUUUCAGUUGGCAGAGGCAAAUACCAGUAAGAAAAUUUUAUGUAAUAGGGUAAUCAUUUUUACUCUUGAAAAUGUGAUGGUAAGAGCCCAACUUGAAUUCCAAACUCAAGUUUAGACAAUUUUCUUGAAGGAUAUCAUGGAAUUGGAGCACGUGCAAUGGGAUGCUACAGAAUAAAAAAAGGGAAUGAAGUUUAAAAAAAUAUAUAGAAAAGAUGCAUUUAUUAACAUAGGAUGAGGCUUUUGUCAGAUGGAGUACAAUUUGAUACAAUUAUCUAAGACUAUAAAAAGGAGGAAAGGAGUCUUUACAAUAAGAGCAAAGAUAUACAAUUCGUAUCUUAAAGAUGAUUGUCUUUUCCAAUUAGUAAACAUGUUUAAAAAGG